AUGGCGUCGUCCUCGUCCGGGGACUCCUCCUCCUCCUCUGGUAUCCUCGGACGCAGGAGCGACGAAUCGCUGACGCCGCGCGACCGCGAGCUCGGGACCGUCGCGCCGGGGGGCGGCGGAUCGCGAGGCGCGUCCCGGCUCGGCGCGAGACGACGGAAAUUCGCAGGAGCUCCGACGUGGUUGUGCGGCGGCGGCGGCAGCAGCGCGAGCGACGUCGUCGUCGCGUCGUCGUCGUCGUCCCCGGCUUGCGACGACGGCGGCGGCGGCAUGUUGACGUUCACGCGCGGCGGCAGCGGCGGCCCGCGCGCGGUGACCGAGAGCCUCUCCCCGAGGCGCGACCUGGGAGGCAGCGCGUCGUCGUCGUCCCCGGAGACGCCGCUCGCGUUCAACGACAGCGGCGAGCGAAUAAGGCGGAGGGUCGAGUUCACCGGCGACGACGGCACCGGUACCGGGCGACGGCUCUCGGGGACGCACCACCACGAUAUGAAUCAUAUGCUGAAGAAGAAGAAGAAGAAGGGGAUCGCGGAGGAAGAGGAGGAGGAGGAGGAGGACGACAAAGACGACGACAACGACGGAAAUGGCGGCGGCAGCCCUCGGGGUUCAAACUCCUCCUCCUCAUCGUCGGAAUCAUCAGAAGUCACCCUCGAACAGCUCCGCCUCCUCUACAUGAUCAAGCGAUACACGGACGACACCAUAAAAGACCCCGGCGGAACGACUCCUCCUCACGCCCCCGGCACCAGAUGGGUGCGGAUCCAGCCGCUGCUCGUGCUCAUCUACGAGGGCAUCAUCGACGAGGUGUUCGAUUACGACUACGCGCCGCAGGCGCAGAUCGUCAUGGGGAAGAGAAUUUACGUCAACGUGUCGCAGGAAGGGCAGGACGACAUCGACGACCUGUGCGAGUUUGGGUUCGUGCAAAACCUGAAACUCACGUCCGAGAGCUACCAGAGCGGCGUCGCGCUGCGGAUAAGCGAAGAGGGGCUGAGUUACCUGAAGGCGAACUUGGACGACGCGAGCCGCGACGCCGUGGACGCGCUCAUCUUCAAAGAGGGCGACCUCGUCGACGUCGCGUACCAGACCGCGUCGCAGAGCUUCAAAAUUUACACGAGAAGCGGGUGGUACGCGCGCACGAGCACGAUCACGGACAUCGAGACGGUGUCCUACGUCUCGUCGCCGUUCGUCCCCGCGUCGCUUCGAGUCGCCAACUUGGAACUCGUGGACAACUCCGCGAGAUGCGCGGAUCUCGCGCAGUUCGCCGCGUCGAACAUCAAGGACCGCCUCGAGGAGAAAAUUUUGAUCGACGACGUGUACUUGCUCACGUGCGAGUGGGUGCCGAUGGGCGGGAACCAGAUCGUGGCGCUGAACGACAAGCUCGGGAGCGGCGAGCGCGUGCAGGGCGGUUUUUUCACAGCCGCGAUCGACGCCGAGCCGGACAGCACGCAGUUCACCGGGAAGAACGAGGGCAUGACCGCGGUGCGGUUGCUCGACUACGACGAGGCGUCGUACAUCAACUUCGAGGCGGAGGUGUUCUUCGAGAACGACGACGGGAUCUUGCAGAUUGAAAACUUCGGCGUGCACUUCGACGAGAACGGCCUCGUAGCGUACGGCUUGAAGAUCGACGCCAUCAUGGACCGCAUCAAAGUCAACCUAUCCCUGGAUCUCAUGUCGCGUCUUCUCGUGGACGUCAUGGACGACAGCAGCACCGUGGUGUCGAACUUGUUCGCCGCGCAUCAGCGCGCGAUGUUAGACCUGACGUUUUUAGGAGAUUCGGACAACAGAGACAAGUUCAACUGCAUCGUCGCGGACGCGGUGCGACCGAAGAUGCCCGCGGAAAAGUACAUGGACAAAGAAGACUACGAGAACGAGCUGAAGCAGGUCAUCGGCGACACGUACAGCGGGCACGACCUGAGCGACGACGAGGUAAUAAUCAUCGGCAAGAUGGGCGUGUUCCUCGCCGGGUCGAACUCGCUCAGGCACCAGGCGUUUAUCGUGUGUCACGGCAGCUUCCACGCGCGUUCGAUUUUCAUGAAACGCGUGUUCAACCGCUGCUUCAUCCUCGCGGACAUCCUCCGCCGCACACGCGGUCUGAUCGAGCACCACCAGAACAACCCGGAGAACAUGGCGAUCGUUCGGAAGACGCUGUCCACGUGCACCGAGGACGUCAUCACGUUGGGCGAGAUUCAGUCCUUCUUAGCCGAGAGCAUGGACGGCGUGGAUUUACCCGAGCCGAUCGAAGGCGACCCCGCGUCGUUCGCGCUGCGCGAAGUCCUGCGACUCGACGUGCAGAAGAACGAACUUCGAAGGCGCGCGAUCGACAUGAAGAAGACGAUCGUCGGGUGCGCGAACGAGCUCGAGGCGCUUCGCGACAUGGCGCACGUGAUCGGGAUGACGAACAAGGGAGACAUCAACGAGGGCAUCGAGGCGACGACCAAAAACUUGGAAGACGCGUUUCGCGCGCAGGCGAGAAAUCACGCCUCGCUGGAGAUCAUGCAGGUCAUCUUCGCCGGGCAGCUCGCGUUCGACAUCGUCGACCGCGCGUUCGGAGGGUACCUCGGCGUCGCGUCGAACAUCGCGUACGUCGCGGACUUCGUGAACCCGUACUUGGUCUCCCUCCCCGCGGUGUGGUUCGCGAUCAACAUGUGCUUCUGGGGCGUCCUCGGCGGCGGCUUAAUUUACUUCCUUCGCCAGGAGAAGUACUCCCUGAGCGCGGUGGACAACAAGAAGAUCACGAUAAACGGACGCGUGGACAUGAAUGAACUCGAGAAAUACCUGAAGACCAAGAAGAUCGAGGCCGUGGACGUCGUCGAGGACGAGAAGACGACGGUGAAGAAGUACACGUGGACCGAGGCGGCGGACGCGGCGAGGUUCAAGGGCGUCCCGCCGCGGUUCGACCUCCACGUGGACGAGCGGUACGGGUUCUUGCUGAGCGCGUACGUCACGAUAUUUAAACGGCGGUGUAAGUUACGCGCGGACGACGUGUACGACUUGUUACUGGACGAGCUCGACGCGCACGAGGUGUGGAGCGAGGAGGGUAGGUGGAAGGGGCGGACGGGUCAGCCGAGCGGCGGCGGCGACGGCGACGACGACGACGACGACGAAGGCGAAGGCGGUCGGUCGAGCGGUGGUAAGCUCGCGAAGAAGAGCUCGGGGGGGAUCGAGCGGUCAUCGUCGUACACCACCGACCUCGUCGCGACCGGGCUGCGGCCGGACUUUGAGAUGCGAGCGUGA